AUGAAGAAAUGGUUAUGUUUAAAUUUGAGAGUAUCUUAAUUAAAAGAAUUAACAAAGAAGCUUCAAGCAUAAAUAUCGUAAUCUAAUAAUAAUCAUCUUUAUAUUAAAUUUAAUAUAUUUAGCUGUUUAUUUAAGAUGGAAAAUGUUUUGAAGCAUUAAAUGUGA